GUGUCUUUGCAUUACAUUAUAGUUUCAUUUGGUAUUCCUGUGUAAUAUUGGGUUACCUGUGUAAUAUGCAAAUUUGGUUUGUGUGUGUAUUAAACAUGGCGACCAGAGAGAAACACUCGUAGUAAGGUUUCUAUCCAGUUUAAUCCGUAUUAAUCCGUCAAGUCAAUGUCCCAUAUGAGCGACAUCUAUUUAGAAGUAUGGCCCAACUCCCUACAGAGUCCAUAGACCAGUACGUCACGAGGUUGCGACAGAAAGCAGACUUCUGCCAGUUUGGAGCCAACGUAGAUGAAAACAUCAGAGAUCAAGUGAUAGAAAAGUGUUUAUCUAAUCGCCUUCGAACAAAGCUCCUCGAGAAAGGUGCAGGUCUAACACUAACACAGCUGCAGACUACGGCACGGGCUAUGGAAGCGAGUGCAACGCAAGCGGAGAGUAUCGCUAGUUCAAACACAACUCAUGAAGUAAAUAGAGUCCAAUCCAAGCGUGACAAGCCUAAACAACAGAGAAAUCGAGGCACAAAUGAUAAAGAAAAGAGAUGCUUUAGAUGUGAUAGCUUAGGACACCUAAGUACAGAUGAGAAAUGCCCCGCAAGAGGAAAAAAAUGUAAUAAAUGUCAUGGAACUGGACAUUUUGCAAAAUGCUGCAAAACCAAGAGGAGACCUGUAGGUGGAAAACAUACAGCAAAUCUUGUUGAAGAAGAGGAGUUUGCUUUUGUCGUGUCUGGGAGAACUCAACCUGAAUUGGCGCUGAACAUAGGCGGUGUGCCGAAUAUUAAGUUCAUAAUUGACUCUGGAGCAAGCUGUAAUGUGAUCGACCGAGAAUUAUGGGAGACACUCAAAGCAAGCAAAGUGAAAUGUGAGUCACGGAAAUGCCAGAAGAAGUUGUUCUCCUAUGGCAGUACAGAACCACUUAAAGUUGCAGGAAGCUUCACAGCAUGCAUCCAACUUGGAAAACAAACCCUCAAUGCAGAGUUCAUUGUUAUCGAAGGGAAUGGUCAAGCUCUUCUGGGCCGAGAUACAGCAAUGCAGCUCGGUAUUCUAAAGAUCAGUGACCCAGUCAGCCUUAGUGCCAACGUUGUAGAAGAGAAAAACACUGGUGAGAUGUCAUUCAAGGCAUAUGAACAAUGUUUUCAAGGAAUUGGCAAGCUGAAAGAUUUUCAACUAGAGAUACCAAUAGAUGAUACCAUCAACCCUGUAGCUCAGCAACCCAGACGCAUAGCUUUAAGUCAAAGAGCGAAGCUAGCAGAAAAGCUUGAGGAGUUAGAGAAGCUAGACAUAAUUGAAAAGGCUGAGGGACCGACCCCAUGGGUUUCCCCAGUGGUAAUAGUACCAAAGAAGAACAACGAAAUACGACUCUGUGUCGACAUGAGACAAGCUAAUGAAGCCGUCAUUAGAGAACGUCAUCCAAUACCUACAGUAGAUGAGGUAUUACAAGAGUUAAACCAAAGUACAGUCUUCAGUAAACUUGAUGUGAAAUGGGCUUUCCAUCAGAUAGAAUUGAAAGAAGAAUCACGAGGCAUCACGACUUUUGCAACGCAUCAAGGACUUUACCGCUAUAAACGUCUGAUGUUUGGGAUAAGUUGUGCCCCAGAGAUGUACCAAAGAGUAAUGCAGCAAGUCCUACAGGACUGUGAAGGAGCACAAAACCUUUAUGACGACAUUGUAGUCCACGGAGCAACAAAGGAAGAGCACGAUGAACGUCUCAAGAUAGUACUACAGAAGAUUCAGGACAAAGGUCUAACCCUCAACAAGGAGAAGUGUCAGUUUCACAUGUCAGAACUUGAGUUCAUGGGACAUUUAUUGUCUGCACGAGGAAUUGGUCCGACUAAGGCUAAAGUUGAAGCUGUUACUAAUGCUCGGAGGCCAGAAACAGUAUCUGAGGUCAGGAGUUUCCUUGGUCUAGUGAAUUACUGUGGAAAGUUCAUUCCUGAUUUAGCUACAGUUGCUGAUCCCCUGAGGAAACUUACCAGGCAGAAUGAACCAUUUGUGUGGACAAAUGAACAGGAACACUCUUUUACUGAACUGAAAAAGAGACUAACAAAGGCAGAAACACUUGGAUAUUUCAACCUUGAGGCGAAGACUGCAAUCAUCGCAGAUGCUAGCCCAGUUGGCCUGGGAGCUGUACUUGUACAAACACAAAAUGGCAAGACGAAUAUUGCUGAUUCACUCUCACGUCUCACCUCCAAAACCACUGAGCCAGACUCGAAAACAGAGGAGUAUGUACGUUAUGUUGCARAAAGUGCCACACCCAAAGCCAUGUCUACUAGAGAAAUAGAAGAAGCAUCCGCUGUUGAUCCAGAGUUAUCUAAUUUGAGAAAGUGUUACAGAGAAAACAAAUGGAACAAUCUGCAAAACAAAAGGUAUUUACUGAUAAAGAAUGAGAUAUCAGUCAUCGGAAAACUUGUACUAAGAGGAACAAGAAUCGUCAUCCCUGAGAGCUUGAGAGAGAAAGUACUCCAGAUUGCUCAUGAAGGACACCCAGGAAUAGUAACUAUGAAGCGUCGGCUGAGAACAAAGGUAUGGUGGCCUGGCCUGGACAAAGGGGUUGAGGAGGCAUGCAAGACAUGUCAUCCAUGCCAAGUAGUUGGAGCUCCUAACCCACCAGAACCGACCAAGACAACAGAGCUACCCAAUGGACCAUGGCAAUACUUAGCAAUAGAUCUCAUGACACCCUGUUUGCCAUCAGGUGAUCAUGUAUUUGCUGUAGUGGACUACUACAGUCGAUAUAUAGAGAUACAAGUAAUGAAAUCGACGACAACAGACAAGAUAAUUGCCAGUCUAAAGCGAAUGUUCCUAACGCAUGGACUACCCAUAAGUAUUACAACAGACAACGGUCCACAGUUUAUCAGCGACGGAUUCAGGAAGUUCAUGGAAAAUGAAGGAAUUCACCAUCGUCACACUACACCGCUAUGGCCACAAGCCAACGGAGAAAUAGAGCGUCAGAACCGUUCCUUACUAAAGCGCAUCAGAAUUGCACAAAUAGAGAACAAAGACUGGAAAGAGGAACUAGGUGCCUACCUUACCAUGUACAGGACCACACCCCACAGUACAACAGGUGUUAGUCCCGCAGAACUACUAUUUGGUCGCAAAUUGCGCACCCGUCUACCUGGACUUGAGGAGAAUACAGUGGAGGACCUGGAAGUCAAAGACAGAGACAGCGAAGCAAAGGAAAGAGGGAAGCU